CAUUGUUUACAACUCAAACGGAUACGGGUUAUAUGUAGGCACCAGCGUAGCCACAAAUUCCUUAGCGUGAUUUACAGAUUUACGAGCACAGUGUCUGUUUUAUCUGCUUAUGUUUUGUAUUAAUGUGUCACGUGCGCAGCGAACAAGGUAUCUAUUCAUAACUGCAAAUUCACGUCACUGCACAGAAAUAAAGUCACGAGUGCCAGUGCACCCUCUAGGUUCAUAAAUUUCCUUUUCGGUUUCACAGACAAGAAGUAGUAUUUCAUACAGAAACUCAGACGCUGUCAUUCAGUGUAAGUUAUGACAAUGUUGAGCAGUAAAUCCAACGAAGAGAUCAAACGGAUGCUGGAUGAUUACGGAAUAAAACACGGUCCUGUGGUCGAUUCCACCAGAGCCCUUUAUGAGAAGAAGCUGAGAGAAGCCAUGUCUAAACACAGAAGAACCCAAGUUCAAUCCGACAGGACAUAUUACAGGGAAGAGGAGGACGUCACCUAUGUUCAGCAUCACAGACCUCAACUAUAUGAUGAUGUGAGCAACAGAACGUGGUCUGAUUAUAGAGGGAUGGACUACACAGAUGAGCCUGCUAUUUAUAGGACUCAAGCUCCUUACCAGAAUAUGUCACAAGCAAGAAACCUACCGCCAGAGCCUCAUAUCCAGAAAACACCUGAGAAGACGCGCCUGGUCCCAGUUUGGCUACAGAUAUUAGUGUUUCUGAUCGUAUCUGGUCUUCUGUACUUGGUUUAUAUAAAUAUGGAAUCAGCAGAGCCUGAGAAAAGACUGACGUAGCUCUUCCUUUAGUGAUUAAACUGAAUGUUACAAUUCUAAAACAAGCAAAUAUUCAGCACAAUAGAUGUGAUUUUUAACAUAUUGCAGUGCAUUUGAACUUCCUAAAUCUUGGUUAUUUUGUGUGUGAUGUUUUAUCAAAGUAAUAGCCCAACACUGUAACUCUUUUGUGAAUAUGAAGGAAGUGGGUGUUACAGGAUGCACCUGUUGAAAGAUUAUUUUUAAGAUCUUUUAUUUUGUUCCUUGGUCAAGAUACAAUUGUCCAUUGUAAUGCUGCAGUACAUUUUACAGAACUGAAAAUUUUAGUCAUUUCUUGGGCUCAUAAAAGUUUGAUAUAUUACAACUACUACUAGAAAACUUAAAAGCCUUUUUGUAUGAAUUAUAUAAGCAUAUUUUAAAGGUUACAGUUACUGAAUUUGGUGUUCAUCAUUUUACAGUAGGUAAUGGUUUUUACAUUUGUCUGGAAGCAUCACUCUUGGAUUUGGGUCAUCUUCUGAAUUAUGUAUUUGGAGCCAAAUUACAUGAAUGUCGGAAUCAAUUGUUUCUGGUGUUUUGUGAUUUAAAAAACUACAGGUUUUAUUGAAAGGAACUUUUGAGAUACACCUGAAAAUGUCUUUAUUAAUAACAAACAGUAAAAACACUAUAUGCAUGUCAAAAUUGUGAUUUUUGAUUUUAAUGGCAAAAUAAAAGUCUACUAAUUGUAUUACAUGUACCAAAAACUGCAACAAAACAACAACCAUUAAUUCUACACAUUGCAAAACAUGGAAGUAACAGGAAGUGACAGCUGUGUUUUUCACACA